AUGUAUCAAAUUCUAGCAUGUGGGUCAAAUGGCAAUUAUCAAUUAGGUCAGAAUAACAAUGAUGAUCAAUAUAUAUUGAAACCCUCGGUAUUUCAAAGUACAUGUACCGAAGCAGCAGCAGUAGCACCACAAACUACAUAUACCGAAGCAGCAGCACCACCACAAACUACAUCAUUGUUGGGUAUUGAGGUUAAAAAGAUAGCAUGUGGAGGUAAUCACACAUUAAUUUUGUUUGAAAACGGUGAUGUUUACAGCUGUGGUAGUAAUGAAUUUGGCCAAACUGGACAUGAUAUCAACAAGAAUGCCGAUAUUGUUGGGAUUUUCAAGAAAAUUGAGACCCAGGAAACUAAUUGUAAAUGGACCGAUAUUUCGUGCACUUGGGAGUCCUCAUUUUUGGUUAAUGAUCAGAAUGAGCUAUACUGUUGUGGGAACGGUCUAAAGGGAGAACUAGGUUUGGGGUCACAUAUCACUAAACAAGACAGAAUUACAUUUGUGAAAAAGUUUGAAAGGACAGUUUUGAAACUCAAAUCGUCAAUGAAUCAUACUGUUGUGCAAACUGCUCACGGUGAACUUUAUGGCUGGGGCAAUUGUAGAAAAGGUCAAUUGGGUAAAAUCGAUAAUUCCUUGAUCAAAAAAGGCGCAGUUUGGCGACCUACUCUAUUAAGCUUUGGGCUUGAUAAUUCGUUAAUAGAUGAUUUCCAAUUAGGUAGAGAGUAUACUGCCGUAAUAAGCUACCAGAAGAAGAGUUUGCAACUAUAUGGCAAAUCAGUCAUUAAUAUGGAAGAUGUCAACAAGUACAACUUGGAAACUAGUGACAAGAUCGAAAAUCUUGAAUCAAUGUGGUCAUCGAUACACUAUAAGCUUGGAAACCGAAUAAAGUCGUUUGGAGUGAAUAGCCAUGGGCAAUUAUUCGACUAUAUAGUUCCCGCAAACAGGAUAUCUCCAAGCUUUACAUUUAAAACCGGGAGUGAGCACGGUUUGGUCUUGAUAGAUAAUGUCGUAUAUGCUUGGGGGUGGGGAGAGCAUGGUAAUUGUGGGAAAUCUCUAACAGAUCCCAACAAAAUCACUUUUGAUUACUUGAAUCCAAUAUUCGAAAAGGCAAAUAAAGUACAUCUUAUUGCAGGUGGCUGUGCAACAAGUUGGGUUGUAAUAGAAGUAUAA